AUGUAUUGCGCGGGUGCUCCCAUGGAUGCUGCCAUGGGUGAGUGCCGUGAGCCCUGCAGCGCUGCUGAGUGUGAAGGCAUCGCUGGGAGUGUCGUUCACCAGCUGGGCGGUGAGCUCGCCGUCAAGCUGUCGGGGCAGAAGCUGGCAGGAAAGAUGCACUCUGACAUCUCCAAGCUCUCCACGCUCACCUCCGUUGAUUUCAGCAGCAACCUAUUACAGGGGCGUCUGGAUGCAUUCACAAUUGACUUCAAGGCGCUCACCUCGCUCGCAAGCGUGAGUGGCGUGGCCGUGAUGUCCCUCGGCAGAAAUGCUGAGCAGAUCGGUGCGAGCUACAACUACCUAUACGGCCCCGUGCCCAGGCUCGGCACGACUCUCAAGACCAUCGACAUGCAGAAGAACUGGCUGUCCGGCACAUUCCCCGGCACUGGCUUCCUCUCCUGCUCUGCCUCCUCCAACUGCCUCGCCAACACAGGCGCAUGCAACACCACAGGCACCACGCAGCGCCCAUUGGCUUCUUGCGCCGUCUGUGACUCUCCCUCUAGGGCUGAUCCCAUCUUUGCCGGCGGCACCUGUGCUCCCAACGCUGCAAGCCCACUUGCCACCUCCACCACCCCCACCGCCCCGUCUCCCAUUCUCCCGCGCUUCUGUGUCGACGUGCCUUUGAACGCAGCGCAGGCCGCCAUUGUCCUCUCUGUGAAGACGGAUCUCGGGGUCACCUUCACCGAGUGGUCUGCCAGUACCCUUGCAGUAUCCCCCAAAGCCAAGUCCGUUUUCAGAGAAUUCAGGAACGGGUUCAAGGGUGCUCCCUCUUCCCCCGCUGCUCCCUCUACCGACUACUUGUCAUCCAACCUCUUCAACCAGCGCCUCGACUCCUUUGUGGCUCCUAUCCUUCGCACGGCCUCUCUCAAGGAGUUUCGCUUCAGCUACAACUAUCUGACAGGCUCGCUGUCCAAGACCGGUGCCACCCUCAAGAUUCUCGACACGCAGGCCAACUUCCUCUCGGGCACUUUCCCCGCCAUCUCACUCGCUGCCUGCAACGCUCGCCUCAACUGCUUCAGCGACGCUUCAGCUUGCCCCAACCUGGAUGAAACGGCACAAAGGACAGUAGCAGGGUGCAACAUGUGUGGCUCAUUAACAAAGAAGCAGCAGUCGCUGUGUGGAGGAGGCAUCUGCUUGCCCAUCGUCUCUCCUUCUCUCGCUAAGGUUCCCAACAGUGCUACUGCUCCCAUCCUCCCGAUGGCAUGUGCUGCCGUGCCCCUUGAUGCAACCUCUGACCUGCAUGCACACACUCAGCAUCCUCUCCCCCUCGCCCCUCUACAUGCACUCCCACCGACAGUGGCGGCACAGUUGAGUUUAGGGGCGGCUCUCGGGGUCAAAGACACGGAUUGGCGCAACAGCAGCAAGUGCAGCAUUGAGGGGCAGAGCGCCAACCCCAAGUCGUGGCCGGGCGUGUGGUGCAACGCCAACGGCACCGUCCUCUCCAUGUGA